AUGGAACCAUUCCACACCUUGCUCGAUGAUCUACAACUAACGAAAACUAAUUCGAUUAUCAAAGUCCGUUGUAUCCAUGUCUAUGAAGUUGCCGCUCCUAGAGACAAAACCAAUAUCGUGAGUUUAGAAUGUGUGCUUCACGAUCGAAUGGGCACAAGGAUUCAAGCAACUAUUCCACGAAUUCUACACGCAAAGUUUGGUGCACUCAUCAGGGAAGGGGGUAUAUUUCGUAUACGCAAUUUUCUCGUGAGGCAAAAUCGGCCUCGCAAUCCAGUUACAAAUCAUGCAUACCACAUUAAGAUGAUUUCAAGCACCCAAAUGAUUGAAGUUAAUGAGCCUCAAUUUCCAAAAAUGCUUUUAAAUUUGAAGUCAUUUGAGGAGAUUACGCAGAUUGAUAUCAUUGGUGUGGUUGUCGACACUGGAAAAAUUGUUACACAUUCUACAUAUAGACUCAUCGAAAUCCGACUAUCAGAUUCCGACCAUAACAUGCUUUUUUGCACAUUGUGGGGAGAUGUUGUUGAUUCUUAUCUUCAACAACUAGAAGGAAUUAAAGGAGAAAUGCCCAUUAUUAUUGUCCAAUUUUGCAAGCCAACUUUGUUUCGCGGCACAAUUCGUGUGAGUACCCACUUUAAUACAUCUAGGGUUUACAUCAACCAAGAUAUUGAUGAGAUUUCCAAGUUCAAAGAGAGGAUUUCUGGUGACGUCGCUUUCUUGUCCCAAGAAUCAAUUUAUCGUUUUACUGAUACAAGGGUGUCUAAUGAAUUUGAUGGCUUGGUCGUAAAAACUCUUGCGGAUGUACAAGAAGAUGUGGAUGGUUCUUAUUGGAUUUGUGGUAAAAUUGAAGAUGUUGAGUGUCACUAUGGCCAAUGGUCAUACAUGGCGUGCAAACAAUGUGUCAAAAAGGUUGUGAAGGUUAAGAAUGGGUUCAACUGUGAGGAAUGUGAUAAUUUUGAUGGGAUUGCCAUUUCGAGGUUCCGGUUCAUCGUGAACGUUGUUGAUGGUAGUAGCAAUGCAUCAUUGCUAUUAUGGGAUCGAGAAUGUGUCCAACUAUUAGGAAAAAAAGUAGAUGAAAUCCAACUUGGCCAUCAGGAGCUUGGAGCUGAUGAAUGUAUUCCCCCUGAGAUUGAGGAAAAACUUUUGGGACAAACUUUACUAUUUAGAAUCCAUGUGAAAACCAGUAAUGAGUAUUGGAUUGAUAAACCAUACACUGUGAAUAAAAUAUGUAAUGACCCUCAAAUCGUCGAUAAGUACAUUCCCCCAACUUUGGACUCACGGGGUGCAAAUUUAGGAUUGGAAAUUUCUCCCACUUUGGAAGGGCUUUCUCCGUUUGCUGGAACGGACGUUGUUCUGCAUGGCUCUACCUCUGGUGCCAACGACACUCAAACUAAAUCGAUUUCUAAAGAUUCAUUGAAAAGAAGUUUGGAUGUUGAAAUUUUAGGACAAACGAUUGUUGUUGGUGGUGAGCAGAAGAAAUUAAUGAUCAAGCAGGAGCAUAAUUAG